CUUUAAGUACAACGAUAUAAACAUCUGAGAAUGUCCGUUCCACGAUUACCACCGCUCCCGUCGAUCAGAGACAUUUUAAAGAUAUACCACUUGAACGCCGUGAAACGUUUGUCACAAAAUUUCUUAUUGGAUCAAAAUAUUUGCGACAAGAUUAUACACAAGGCAGGGAAUCUCACUGAUAGUCAUGUACUGGAAGUUGGUCCCGGUCCGGGUGGGCUCACUCGGUCCAUCAUGAAACGAUUACCGGAACGGAUAGUGCUCGUGGAAAAGGAUAAGAGGUUCGAGCCGACAUUGGAUAUACUGGCGGACUCGUUUGCAAUGAUUAACAGGAAGGUGGACAUAAUAUUCGACGACAUCAUGAGAGCGCACAUAGAGAGUCUAUUUCCGAAGGAGAAGAAAAUGAACUGGAACGACAAACCCCCAGACCUCUUUCUUAUAGGUAAUUUACCGUUCAACGUGUCGACGCCACUCAUAAUCCAGUGGUUGCAUUCGAUCGCCGAACGUCGAGGAGCCUGGGCGUUUGGCAGGACGAAAAUGACUUUGACGUUUCAAAAGGAAGUAGCGGAACGUUUGGUCGCGCCGGAGUCAAGCGAACAGCGGUGCAGACUGUCAGUGAUGGCGCAAGCCUGGACCUUCCCGGUACUUCGUUUUGUUAUACCUGGCCACGUUUUCGUUCCGCAGCCAGACGUGGAUGUGGGAGUGGUGUCGUUCACGCCGUUGACGAAGCCGUGCACGCAACACGACUUCAAAUUCUUUGAGAAAAUCGUCAGGCAUGUGUUCAGUUUUAGGCAGAAAUACAGUAUACGAUGCGUCGAGACUCUCUUCCCGUUGCAUUGCCGAAAAGAAUUAGCUAUGAUGAUGUACAAACUGUCUGACCUGGAUCCCACCAUCAGACCCACGCAACUUACCGUGAAUGAUAUCGACAGGCUAGCUACUGCUUACAAGUACCUGCUCGAGAAGCAUCCGGAGCUCGAAAUGUAUAAUUACCGUGCGAGCCGGCAUUUAUUGCCGCAAUUCAACACACAAAAUGUCGUUGUCGAGGAUAAGGUAAGCGGAGAUAUAGAAGAAAGGAACGAGAGUUCCAGAUCCACGGUGGUGGUGGAUUCGCACAUUUGAAGACACGCGAACGCGCGUUACAUCACUUUUAUUAAAUUGCAACUAUUGCGUAAUGGAGCAAAUUAAUUCGUUACAAUGAAUUCCGGUUAGAGAACUGUUGGAAGGACAUCUGUAAAUAUACAUUUAUAUACAUACACGUGUAGCUCUUAGCGCUUAAAUAAAAAUAUCGUACAA